CUCAGUUCGUCAAACGCCUCUUUCAGUUUUCGAUUUCUCAGUUCAAUAAAUGAAGGCAAGUCCAUACUUACUGCUUUCAAAUUCCAACUUUCCCUCCAUAGCCACUGCGGCGGUUCCUUUUCCCGGUAAUUUGACCGAAACAUCAAGGGUAGUCCGGUCCAGAAGCACCAAAAAUAUCUGUCUCUCUCGACACUGACAGUUACUCUCAAACGGAAGUAAUGGGAAGCUUAUUGACGAGCGACCCAAAUUCUGAGCAAAUAGUCGUCCGCUUUCUUCUUCCUCAUUCCAAAUUUGAAGCUCUCUCUUUACAAACCCUCCAAAUCCCCUCGCCUUCUCCGCACAUUCGGGAUCAUGGCCUCCGCCGAGGCGUUCGUCAAGGGCAGCGUCCACCCAAAUGGCGUCGCCGACAUCACCCUCGGUCGCCCCCCGAGCUCUCAACGCCAUGAACCUAGAUAUGGAUGUGGAAUACAAGAGCUAUCUGGAUGAAUGGGAAUCUGACCCAAAUGUGAAGUGUGUUCUUGUUGAUAGCCGCUCCGCUCGUGCCUUUUGUGGCGGAAAGGAUAUUAAAGUGGUUGUUUCAAAAGGACAAAAACACCCCUGUUCUGCCGAAGGCGGUGAUGUGAAGCAGAUCACGGCCAAAAACCAACCACCGAAUAUGAUUGAGGUAUUCACUGCUGAGUAUUCUCUAAUAUGCAAAAUCUCAGAGUACAAGAAGCCCUAUAUAAGCUUCAUGGAUGGCAUAAGAAUGGGCUUUGGUGUUGGCCUAUCAGGUCACGGUCGCUACUGGAUCAUUACAGAGAGGACUGUUCUUGCUAAUGCCAGAGAAUGUAAUUUGUUUGUUCCCAGAUGUUGGGUUUUCACGUAUAGCGGCAAAGAGUCCAGGAGGAGGAUCUGUAGGAUUUCAACACCAUCGGAUGCACUGUAUGUGGGUCUUGGGACCCAUUUUGUCCCAUCUCAAAACUUAGCUAUUUGUGCCAAAGAAUCAAGGACAAGGACAAAGACUUGUCAGUGAAGAUUGAAGAAGGAUUUGGACCCAAUGGGUUGGGAAUCCUAUCAAUCACUCAAGUAUGAUUUUGUUAUGCGAUUACCCUAGUUAAUUACUGAUUAUCUCUUCCAUUACCAGUUUUGGUAAGUUAAAAUGCUUAAUUCUGAAUCACAUCAGUAUCAGUAUGGUGAUAUGUUGUUUUUUUACUUAAUUCUGCUAUUAUGCAUAUUUGUUUGACUAUGGAAUUUUAGGUUUCGGGUUGAAACUAUACGUGCAGAAAGAAUUUGUUAACGAAUCGGUUAAAAAGAUAAACCACAUGCUUACAUGUGAACCCAUGAACUUGCAUAUGUAAUGCCGGGGUACUUUCUCCGUCAUGUAGAUCGUAGAUUGUGCUGUUUGGGCUACGAUAUUUUGCUCCAUUAUUCCAUUCAUAGCUCAUAAAUUAUGAUGUCUCAUGUUAUUGUUUUGAUGCUUCAUACCUAAUCGAUUCUUGUGAGAGCUAGCAUUCUGUUGUAAACUGAUAAGUAUUUUCUUUCUAGCAUCUU